GUUUACUAAACGAGUGGUUAGUUUUGUGUCUCACAAUUCAAUUGUGAUUUAAAACUAGUUUUUAAAUUGUUUUCAAACUUUUGUUUCGUUUCAAUAGUUGUUUAGUAAAUGUGUUUUGCAUUUCAAAUAGCAAUAAGUAAUCAAUACAUUAUAUUAGAGGAGUAUUUGUGUUCAUAAUUGCAAUAAUGUAUACAAAAUCAUAUGUGACUGUAAUAGUGGUGAUAAUGACCGGUAUGUUAUGGCCGGUCCACACGUUUCCCAAUCAGGGCAAGUGGUCGUACACCGUCUCACAGCGAAAGUGUCACUUCUUUGAAGUGAACACAGCUUUGUAUCAAAACUCAACCAUUUCUAUCAAAAUCUCAUGUGAUUCGCAAGAGGACAAAGACAUGUCCGUCAAGAUUGGUUGGACUAUACGCGAGACGCCCUGUUUUGAAGAGUAUUUGGGACCAGAAUUAUCGCCAAAAACCGCGUUUAAAACCGAUGCAAUUGGUUUGAAUACCAGCAAAACCUGUUCCCCACCCGACCGCGUGUGCACCUCAUCUCCUGAGACAACAUUUCUCACACUAAUUGGCGACUCAUCGGAGGCGCGGACUAUUGACUCGGCGCCCAAAAGUGUGGCCAAAUCGGAGAAAAAACGGUCGCAUUUAGUGGAAAAGCUGCCGACGCCGUUGUCCAGAAGGCGACGCGAUUUAAAUCGGAUGACAUCCUUACCCGAUUACUUGAAGUGGUAUUACUAUUGUCCGGCUAUUCUGUUGGGCGAUUUCGGCUACGAUAGGGUCCACUAUCUUAAGACCAACGAGAUUGAGAUCAAAUGCAACCAAUUGAAGACAUUAUCUCCAAAAGCCGUGUUUAAAACCGAUGUAAUUGGUUUGAAUACCAGCAAAACCUGUUCCCCACCCGACCGCGUGUGCACCUCAUCUCCUGAGACAACAUUUCUCACACUAAUCGGCGACUCAUCGGAGGCGCGGACUAUUGACUCGGCGCCCAAAAGUGUGACCAAAUCGGAGAAAAAACGGUCGCAUUUUGUCGAAGAGCUGCCGACGCCGUUGUCCAGAAGGCGACGCGAUUUAAAUCGGAUGACAUCCAUGUCCGAAAAUGAGAUAAUAGUACCGAACGAUGGCGUCUAUCUGUUGAUCGUUUACAUCGAAUCGACAGAUAAUAAUAAACUUUUCAACGCCGAAGUUGACAUCGAAAUGAAAAGCAAAAGUGGACAACACUUAUCGGCUAUUGAUUGGCCACUUUUGCCAUUUUACGGUGUGAUGUGUGGCGUAUACGUGCUGUUUGCCUUCGGGUGGCUCUUCGUGUCGUUCACCCAAUGGCGAGAUCUGUUGCGCAUCCAGUUCUGGAUCGGAGCCGUCAUAUUCCUCGGCAUGUUUGAGAAAGCGGUCUUCUAUGCAGAGUAUCAGUCGAUCAAUUCGACCGGUGUUUCGGUGAAGGGAGCCGUUCUGUUCGCCGAAAUACUCUCUUGUUUUAAGCGAACUCUCGCCCGAAUGCUAGUCAUUAUAGUCUCGUGUGGUUUCGGAAUCGUUAAGCCUCGAUUGGGACCGAUAUUACAUCGGGUCGUAUGUGUCGGCAGUCUAUACUUUAUUCUCGGUUCACUUGAAGCCGUACUUCGGAUAUAUAAGCCAAAGAAUGAUCCGACGAAUCAGACCUUAAUGGCUGGCGUUCCGCUGGCAGUACUGGAUUCAGUGAUCUGUUGGUGGGUUUUCAGUAGUUUAGUGCAAACCACUCGUACAUUACGUCUGCGGCGAAAUGUGAUUAAACUAAAUCUCUACAAACAAUUCACUAAUACAUUGAUAUUUGCCGUUUUGGCGUCGAUUGCGUUUAUGAUAUGGCAAAUACACAAUCAUAAACUGACACAAUGUCUGACGGAUUGGAAAGAGUUAUGGGUAGACGAGGCCUAUUGGCAUCUCUUGUUCUCAGCUGUUCUGCUGGUGAUUAUGGUGCUCUGGAGACCAACCAAUAAUAAUCAAAGAUACGCUUUUACGCCACUUCUGGACGCCAGUGAAGACGAGGACGAGGACCGCGAGCAGCAGAUUCCUCACGAGGCCUUUGUAGUCAUUCCUCUGCCUCCUAGUGGAGUUCACCUAACUGGCCAAUAUCCCGACUUCAAUGAUGGACAACGCGCUGCCGGCGCUCAUCGACUCCGACGAGGAGAUAAUGAAUACCAAAUUGGAAAUGAGUAA